CCGUCCCGUGGGCAGCGGAGUCACAUGAGGCCUCGGAGCUGGAUCCGCUGUCUCCUGGCCGGACAGUGGAAAGACAUGAUGCGCGUGUUGGCCGGUUUGCUCGUCUUCCUGGGCGUAUGGGCCCUGUCGGCUGCUCAGCCGGUGAAGUUUUUCGACUGCGGUUCAAAGUCAGGGAAUCUUACCAUGGUGGAUAUCACUCCCUGUCCUUCCAUGCCAUGUCAACUGUACAAAGGAAAAACGUAUGGUGUGAACGUCACCUUCGUUAGCUUAACUGCAACCAACACGAGCAAAGCUACGGUUCAUGGUAUCUUGUCUGGCAUUCCACUUCCUUUCCAUCUCCCUAAUGAUGAUGGUUGUAAAUCUGGAAUUCAGUGCCCUAUUCGGAUAGAUCAAAGGUACAACUACAUCAAUUCCUUGGAGAUCAAAAAGGAAUACCCCUCAGUUAAAUUGGUGGUUAAAUGGGAGCUGAAGGACGAUAACGACAGAGACAUCUUCUGUUGGGAGGUUCCCAUUGAGAUUUCCAGUUAAAGCAUCAGCUCCACUAACAGCUGAUUCCUUUUUUUUUGAAGAUUGUUUAAUCAACUGCACAAUGGAAAAUUAGGCCAAACUACAAAAUAAGAACAAUUUUCAUUUAAGAACGUGAACAAAUUUGUAAUUUCAUAAUGUAAUUUUUUUAGUAUUUCUAUGACAUGCCUGACUUUAAUAUGGAUUAAUUUUGUAAAUUAAUCUGCAUGGACCAAUAAUAAAAUAAGACAAUUGUG